GUACAAUUAGUUCCUAACCCUAUAGUUAAAAUUUCAGUAAUCAUGUCCUACGACUAUUACCAAGAUCCUAGUCAGGGUUAUUAUGACAUGUAUGGAAUGGAUCCGUACAUGUAUCAAUACGACGAACAGCCUCAGGAACAGGAAGAGGAUACGGCGUCGCAGACACUGAGAAAGGAACAUGAAAUGAUUGAAGCGAUAGAAUCAAACCGUCUCUACCUUCGAAAAGUUAGGAAACGUUGUGUACAAGAGGAUUUCGCUGAUUUGGAAAAGACACAGAUGUUUCUGUUCGAGUUCCUAAUAGAAUCACUGGAGGUUAAUACGACGAGUGAGCUAGGACUCAUUCCAGAAUCAAGUGAAUCGUCAGAACUUGUUGCCAAAGUCCAGUUCCUCGACACUCCCUGUCUAGAGAUAAGAGAGAAAGGGGAAAGGAUUGAAGGAAGUGAUUCCAUAAUGGGCCAGAACGAAUAUUUUGAAACUGUUGGAAAUGCUGGGCUGGGCAAUGCAAUGGACCCUGGAAAGACGGUAGAGACGGACAACAAUUCUGUGAGAGGUAGUAAAGGAAAGCCAGACUUGUCUAGUACAGAAAUGCCUCUCAUAUACGAUACGAAGUGGGAGAACUCGAGUGGGAAGUCAAUACUGUUUUCAAAAUCGGCGAUUGAAACAAUACAAGGGCUAGAUCACUCUCCAAUAAAAAUCCAAGUUUGCCGAUGCGCUACAGAUAAUGAAGAAGAGAAAAAGAAUAUUUGUGAACCUCUGGGCUACGCGCAAGUUCGACUUCCAGACCACUUCAGUCUUUCCGUACUACAAUCCUGUAAGUCAGGAGUGAUUCUCCCUGUUUCGUGCAUACAUAGGGAUUCGUGUGUACUUAAAAAUGUAUUCGGAGUGAAAAAAGGAGAGGUGCAAGUUUUUGUGAGGCUAUCAUGUUUUGGCACAGUAAUCACCACAUCCUUCCAAAGUGUUGGACGAGAUCGACGUUACGUGUUUAAACCGAGUCCCCAACCCGGCGUAGAAACAAAAGAAGAUUCGGAGAUCAACCGUGAUACCUUAUUGAAACCGAUAGUAGCCGAGGAAGAAGUUGCAGUUGGAAUAACUAUACUUAAGGACAAGGAUAUAUUUCAGAAGCCUGUUGUUUGGAGAAAUAAUACUCAAAGUGUUGAAGGUACGGAUAUCGAUUUUCUCCCAAAAUUCAACCGAUUCAAAGACUAUUCUCUAAGAAUGCCUCGUGCUAGCGAUGAUAGUUUGUGCAGGAAUGCUAAUCCACCAGGAAACAAGAAAGCAUUCUGCGAUUGGCAUGAUUUGGUAACCAAAGAGGUAAAGAAUAGUCUAAAAAAUAAUUGUGGAUGUCGUGACGGGAUGACAUUUCCAACACUCAAUGAAACAUGUCCAAUACGUGCAGUAACAAAAGAAUCACCGCAUGGAUGCUCGCCAAGAGAACGAAAAAAACUUUCAGAUAAUAUAGCAAAACCAUCACUAAUGGAAAAACUACUAGGGUUGCCAAGACGCGAAUCUUUCCCAGGAGUUAAAAAAGUGUCAGAAGUACCUAUGAAACCAAUCACCGGUUUGGGAAUAUCGUCUGAGCCUACAGACUGUGACUGUGACUGUGAUAGGAUAAAGAACACGCUGGCAAUGAAUCCCAUGAUGAAAUACACUUGGCAAGUAAAAUGAACAUGUAAGCAAAGUAGUCUGGCAAGAGUUCAAUAUAAUUCAUGGAUAAUACAUUACUUAGGACACUCGA